GGAUAACAUUCCCAAAUCACUUGAAGCUGCGUGCCCAUCCUUCCGUAUUGGUUGCUAUGGUGAGGGAUGACGGAGCCCCAGACGGGUAUAAUAUGAGGCAGAGCACAGGGAAGGGAUUUUGCAGAGGCAGGAGGGAGGAGAGCAGUUGGGAAGAGGGGAAGGUGCUGCCUGCCUGUGGCCACACUGCUCCCCAGCACUGACAGGAGGAGCACCAUGAACAUCGAAGUGCACAACAUCACUUACACCAGUGCCACCGUCUCCUGGGCCAUGAACAACCCCUGUCCAGAGAACUAUUACCACGUCAUGUACCGCCCCAACUGGAACAGCAUCUUUGCUGGCUACUUACGCCAGAACUUCCACCGUGAGGAGCGAGUUCCUCACCCCCUCAGCUCCCUCGUCCUCCACCGACUCACACCAUCCACCAUCUAUGUUCUCUGCAUCACAUGCAAGAACUCUUACCCCUCCGGCAACCACUGCACCACCUUUCACACUCUGGACAAAAACCCUCUGAUUUUUGGCGGCUCUAAGCAUGAAUCUACCACCUCCAUAUGGAUGGUGAGCAGCCUGCUGCUCCUCUGCUUCAUUGCUCUUCUGGCCUACGGCUGCCUGCAGUUCUGGUCUGCACGGUGCCACCGGGCUGUGAGGCUGAAGCAUCCCAAUGCUAGCUCUGAAGAAGGGAGCAGCUCACGGGAGAGGCCACUGGAUGAUGGGCUGAGAGAGGAGUUUCUGGAAGUCCCCAUGACCACUGUGCUAAUGAGGGGCUCCAGCUUCAUGAGGGAGAGCCCGUACAGCUCCUCCCACAGCUUUUUUUCCUAUAAAACCAGUGAUGAUAAAAGAGCCAUCCUGCCACAGCAUGGCCUUCAAUGAGAGCAAAAUAAAGGGAGAUCCUGCUUGGAGAGCCCUGCUUGGUUCACACUGCUCUUUCCCGGCUCUUGCCAACAGGAAUGUCUGUGUGUCCACAGGGACUUUCUGUCCCAGGGUAGAACACGAGGCAGGACAUUGAUCGCACAGAGAAGGAUUUUUGUCAAGUGACAAAACCAUUCUCAUUUGCUGAGGCUUUGUAAAAAGAAACCAAGUCAGGUCUCUGGGAAGGGAGAGGCUCAGCUGACUGCAGUGUCAUUACCUAAUCUACAUCAGUGCUGUAGAUUCACUUCAGUCAUCAAUCAUAACAAACUCCACUCAAGUAGAUUCACACUUGAGUGAUCCUCCACUAGCAUCACACCCCAAGCCCUCAUAACACCUGUAUAAACAGUCAUUGCAGCCUGACAAAAGAGGUAUUUGCAGAAUCAAGUAGUCUCUUUUGUUCACACAACGAUUUUAGUAAUUCCUAUUUUGAACUCACAAAUGGGAUUCCUGAAGUGGUACCUUCUUUGGGGAGAAGCAUUGCUUUGGAGCUCCAACUUGCUCUCCUCUCUCUGCAUUUGGGUGGAUGUGACCUGGUCUCAGUGCCAACACCAAGCACAGAGCAGUGUCAGCA